CUUCGAUUGGACCAGCCCUCGCCUGCGAGGCUUCGCGAUUGGUCGGCUCGUGGUCUUCUCUCCUCCCCCUCCAGGACUUCCGCUUCCGGUUCUGACGGACGCUUCGGCCGUAACGAUGAUCGGGGACAUCCUGCUGUUUGGGACGCUGCUGAUGAACGCAGGGGCAGUGCUCAACUUUAAGCUGAAAAAGAAGGACACGCAGGGCUUUGGGGAGGAGUCGAGGGAGCCCAGCACAGGUGACAACAUCCGGGAGUUCCUGCUAAGCCUCAGAUACUUCCGGAUCUUCAUCGCCCUGUGGAAUGUCUUCAUGAUGUUCUGCAUGAUCGUGCUCUUCGGCUCCUGAGCCCCAGACACACACCUUCCUGGGAACCAGGAACCACCUUCCCAGAUGCCGAGUCUCCCUUCCUCCGUUCCUGACAACUUCAAGAAUGGUUUUGACCGGAAAACCAGCGACCUUCCCAGAAAGCCCAAGUUCGUGGUGGGUGGAAAAAAAAUGUUCGCCAAGCUACACACGGCUUCCCAGCCACGUCCUUGUUUUCUUUUCAAAGAUAUUUUCACUUUGGUUUCUGCGUUGAAAUGCUGUCUACUUAAGGAGUUUCAGGAGGGUUUAUGGAAGGGGAUGUAAUAACAUUGCAUUCCCCACAGAUAAAAGAACGUUGUGUAGAUUGCUUUUUUAGACUGAAUUUCUCAUCUAGCAAGCUUUUACUAGAAACUCAUUUCUGGAUGUUUCUUGGUUUAUUUUUUAAUAACCCUUCUUUUUUGGUUCAAAUUAUACAGAUUUUUCAAAAUAAUUUUUUAUCCAGGGAUCUGAAACAGAAGGGUUGGCUUUUAAGAUUGAUGCAGCCUCUUUACUGGACUGUGUUUAGGAAUAACAGGCAAGUUCAUUGUUGCUGGGCUUGUGUCCAAAUUCCUUUCCUGUCUCGAUGGGCUCUGCUCGGCCACUCAGUGCCUCUGAGGUCAUGCCCAGGACUUUAAGGGUAAAGCCUCACUGAUUACCGUGGAAGAGAGGUACAGAACAGUUGGCAGAGGCAGAUGUGGGUGUUACGAGAAAUUUUGCCCUGCCUUGCAGCCCUCUGUUAAAGUAACCCUUGGGGCCAUUAAAUGUGUAGUUUUUAAGAAUGAGUGACUUACAUGAUGAUAAUCAGGUCCAGGUCUGAAAGCUUGGAAUUUGGGGUGGUCUUUUCAAGUGAGUGAUUUCAAGGUUGAAAAGCAGUGAGCCUCAUUUGAGGAAAUACAGCAUUUUGCAUAGACUCUCCUUUGGAAGGCAGGUCCUUUUUUGCCAGGAUGAAAUGCCGGUUGUCAACACCCAGAUCCUGUUGGUGUCUGAUCUGUUGGUUGUGGGUUUUGAAUUCCUGAUUUGGAGGUAAACCUGGUGGGAGGAGAAACUAAAUAUGCAGACUUUUCAGAACUAAGUAGCACUGGAAAUAAAGCUCAUUUCCAAAAAGGA